AAUUGGUAUUUUUCUAAAGAACAAGUAUUAAAACAUUAUGGUUCAGAUAUUAAAUUAGAAAUUACAUAUAGAAGAGCUUCAGCAGCAUUUAUACAAGAUGUUGGGAUUAGAUUAAAAAUGCCACAAUUAACAAUUGCAACAGCGAUAUCCUAUUUCCAUAAAUUUUUUAUACGUCACCAUCUUAAAGAUCAUGAUAGAUUUAUUGUUGCAACAGCAUGUUUAUUUUUAGCAGGUAAAGUCGAAGAAACACCAAGAAAAUUAGACGAUGUUAUUAAAAUUUCAUAUAUGGCAAAAAACAAGAAAAAAGGAGAGGCACCCGAAAAAGUAGCCCAACCUUCUCAAGUCGAACAUAAUUUAUUGAGAAAUAAAGUUUUACAAAAUGAACAUUUGAUUUUAACAACUAUAGCAUUUGAAUUGGUUGUAGAACACCCUUAUAAAUAUUUAUUAGAAUAUAUGAAAACUAUACAAGGAAGUAAAAAUCUUUGUCAAGUUGCUUGGAAUUUUGUAAAUGAUAGUUUAAGAACUAGUCUCUGUUUACAUUAUCCACCAGAUUUAAUUUCAUAUGCAUCAGUUUAUUUAGCUACUAGAUUUUUAAAUUUCAAAUUACCAACAGAUUGUAAAAAGGAAUGGUGGGAAAUGUUGGGUAUUAGUUUCGAAGUUUUAGAGGAUAUUAGCAAACAAAUUCUAGAUCUUUAU